AUGCGUGAAUUCAAAGUGGUUGUUUUGGGGAGCGGAGGUGUGGGUAAAUCUGCUCUUACAGUUCAAUUCGUCAGCAGUACUUUUAUUGAAAAGUACGACCCUACUAUAGAAGAUUUUUACAGAAAAGAAAUAGAGGUCGAUGGUCAACCCUGCGUGUUAGAAAUACUUGAUACUGCUGGAACCGAGCAGUUUUCAUCUAUGCGUGAUUUGUACAUCAAGAAUGGGCAGGUAUGGCACACUUUCCAGUUCUUUUAUUUUUAUGCAGGACAGCAAUUGAGUUUGUUU